AUGUUAAGUCAAGUGUCACAAAUUCUUAAAAUACAUGAUAAAACAUAUUUCGUACUAAAUAAAGACGGAACCUUAACUUACCUCAGUAAUAAAAGAGAAAAAAACAUAGAUCUUACAGGUGCUGAGGUUAAAAAAGUUGAUCCCGAUAGUAAAGAAAAAACAGUGGAAAAAGAAAAACCCGAAGAAAAAGAAAAAACAGUGGAAAAAGAAAAAACAGAGGAAGAAAAAAAACCAGAGGACAAACCCGAGGAAGAAAAAUCUGCGGAAAAAGAAAAAAUUAAACUUCGUGAUGAAUGGCACGAUGCUAUUCAGGAAGCCAUAUCCUUGAAAAACCAGAAAGAAUCAAAAAAAGAAUUGCUUCCAACUAUUGCACAAUCAGAUCGUGAUUUUACAGCUGAAGUUCAUGAUGCUACAAAGGUAGAAAAGGUAGAAGAAGAAUCAUCACAAGGAAAAGAUACCACUAAAACAGAUGAAACCACUGUUACCGCUCCUGUUGACCCUAAAGUUGAAAAAACAGAUGUAACACCAUCCGAAUCAAAACCAGAACCAGAAUCAAAAACUGAUGCUGCUGAGCCUACAAAAACUGAUCCUGAGCCUUCUACUAAGGCUGAGACGGUGCCAUCUGACACAACAGCGUCGUCAUAA